CUCAGAGGACGAGGAGCCACAAGAAGACGGAAUAUAUUUAUAAUUCUUGUUUAUUCCGCAAAGAAGAAACUGACACUCAGGAUGCAAAAGUGUAUCGGCGGAGUUUGUGCGUCUCUUAUUUUUUGCGCACUUCUCACGCAGACAAUCGGUAUGGUCAUUGCGGCAAAAGAGAAAAGAGGAUGGACGCUCAACAGCGCUGGAUAUCUCCUCGGUCCUCGUCGUAUUGAUCACCUUAUACAGAUUAAGGAUACUCCCAGUGCAAGGGGGAGAGAGGAUCUGCUUGGUCAAUAUGCCAUAGAUAAUCACAGGAGCCUUGGCGACAAGCACGGACUGGCAGGCAAGAGAGAAAUGCCCAUGGAAGAGGAUUUCAAGACGGGUGCUCUAAGAAUAUCAGAUGAAGAUGUUGUCCAUACCAUCAUAGACUUUCUUUCAUAUCUCAAAUUAAAAGAAAUCGGGGCUCUCGACAGUCUGCCGUCCUCUUUCACAUCAGAGGAGAUAAGUCAACCCUAACCAUCACCAAAUUUGAGCACACCUUGACCUCCACUUCGCCCGGCUGAACUCUCUCCCAUAGGCUGUAUUAU